CUAAAGUUUAUAUAUUCAAUCAUGAAGUUCACUGUAUUAUUCCAUAUGGAAAUAAAUACUUCAGCGCACCCAUGGUUAGCGAACCCAUGUUUGCUAAUAGCUAUUUAAAAUGAUACAUACUGUAGAAAUAACAACAGUUCGAGGUGUCAUAUAGAAGACAACAAAUUCAUUUAUUUACCUCCACUCGCGAUGUCAUCAAACAAAAUUAUAAUUUUACUGCAACCAUUUCUCUCUCACAAUUUGAGAAAACGCCUAUGUUCCAAAAAUUGUAGUGACAAGAAUGAGACAGCAAAGAUUGACAAACAAGUAAAGAAGGAAUCAGUGCCCAAAGCUAUAGAUGAAGCACCUGAAAUACCAAAGUCCAUCACCAUACCGAUAAGUGGAGACACGGAUAUGAGUCUGCUGAAGGAAAUUCCCAAGGAUAUAUUGAGAGAUCGCACGGCGAAGAUAUCAAAACCAUCCAGAAACGUUAUGCAAAGCGGAACCAAUAACUUGCACCAUUGGCAGUUGACUUUCGAUACGAAAGAGAGAUGGGAGAAUCCCAAUAUCGGAUGGUGUUCAAGCGGGGAUCCGAUGUCCAAUGUGAAAUUGCAAUUCACCAGCAAACAAGAGGCUAUUGCUUACUGCGAGAAGAACAAAUUUCGUUGGAUCCUAUCAGAAGGAAUCACAGACAAAAGACCAAGACGGAGAUCGUAUAGGGAUAAUUUUGUUAAUAAAAGAUGUAGAGUGAGCACGAAAUAGAUAUUGGAGGAGAA